AAAAUAAAUAUCAACUUAUAAAAAUUGCUAAAAAUUUAAACACAAAUAUGCCAAGAAUUGCUUUACAAAAUAUAAAAUUAGUGACUGAUGCUAAAAGUAUCAUUAAAGAAGUACAGCAUGUCAGUAGUGUUAAUAAGCAUAUCACUAGUUCGAUUAACUGCAUAGACUUUGAGAAGAAUACAAUAUCUUUUGAUAAAAGAUCUGAUCGCAAUACAGUAAACGAUGGUGAGAGUAACAUUAGUAAUCCUGUGAUACGUACUGACUCUGAUAAGAUAGCAUUUAUCAAUAAUUGUGAUAAUAAAGAUAAUAGAGAAAAGACUGGAAAUCUGAACGUAACAUUUUCCUUUGAUAAGGGCAAUAAUUUAGAAAGGGUUGAUGAUAUUAAUGCCACAAAUUCCAUGAAUGGAAACACUUCUGAUAAUACAUCUUCCUACAACAAUGGUAAUCAUAUCAUGAUGGACAAUGAGAAAAAUUCUAGCAUUGAUUUUGUAGCUAAUGUUGAACCAAAUAGUUGUGAAGUGAGAGAUGUUAACUAUUCCAUGAACGUUAAUGAUAACAUAUGCAAUGGCAAUGAUCUUAGUAUACUAGAUAAUAUUAUCGAUAUCAACAAUUCUACGAAUAUCAAUUUUGAUGAUGUAUUGUCUUAUGGGAAUGACAAAGGCUGUAAAUUUUUAGACGAUAAUAAUAUCAAUGCUAUAAAUAGUCAUAAUUCUGAUAACAAUGAAUUAUUUGUUAACCUCAAUGGCAGUGGCAAUAAUUCUGAGACAGGUAUUGUUAUCAAUGGUGACCUUAUAUUUCCCUUUGACAUUAACUCUAAUAUAUUGGAUGAUGAUAAUGCUACUGCCAAAACUUCUGCGAGUUCCAGUAAUAAUGUUGAUAUGAUCCUUCCUUGUAAUGACACAAGUGAUAAUAUUGCUUCUGCAACAAAUAUAACAAAUAUUUCUGAAUAUCUACCUUCAACAUCAGAAACUACAGUUGAAACAGAAAUUGUAGAAUGUGAAAGAAAUCAUGUUUCUACAAAUAAUGAUAAAAAUUCUUCAGUGUCCCUGAUAGACAUUUCUUCUGUAAAUGCAUUUGGUUGUAGAGAAGAAAAUUUAAGUAUUCCAUUUUCUCAACCUAAAGGACUUCAAAAAAAGAAUUUUUGCUACUACUGCAAAAAGUUUCAAAGUAAAAUUGCACGCCAUUUAGAAAAUGUACAUAAACUGGAACCUGAAGUGCAGAAAUUCAUAUUAUUGUGUCAAAAGGUAAUCAUAUUUUUAAAUUCUACAGAAAUUUAUAAAAUUUUAUUGUACAUUUCUUCUUAUCAUUGUCAAUAA